AUGUCUCUGGUUUGCUCUUCCUCUUGUGUAGCUCCCUUGCCACAGACCAAACGGCCACGUCCGAGUUUUCUGAAUCUUAAACCAUGUACCUUAAGCUUAUCUUCUUCCACUGGCAUUAGGAAGCACAUCAAUUACCUGUUCACAGAACCGCAUAAGCUUCGUAAGAGUCAGAUAUUAGUUAGUAGUCAGGAAUCAUUCACAGAGAAGAGCACAAUAGAUCUUGAUUGGGAAGAUCAGGAGGAAAUGGAGGAUACUGGUUCACCUUGGGAAGGCUCGGUUAUGUAUAAGAGAAAUGCUUCAGUUACACAUGUUGAAUACUGCACCACUCUAGAGAGGCUUGGCUUGGGAAGAUUAUCAACUGAUGUCUCGAAGACGAGCGCUUCUGCAAUGGGACUAAGAGUGACCAAAGAUGUAAAAGACUAUCCAGAUGGCACGCCGGUUCAAGUUUCCGUCGAUGUCAUAAGGAAGAAGAAGAAGCUGAGACUCGAUGGGAUUGUCAGGACUGUAAUCACACUCGGCUGCAACAGAUGUGGUGAGCCAGCAGGUGAGAGCAUCUUCUCCAACUUCUCGCUGUUACUAACAGAAGAGCCAGUUGAAGAACCUGAUGUCAUUGAUCUAGGGUUCACAUUCGGAAGUGACAAGACCAAUUCCUUUUCUGGAUUGUCUAAUGAUGAAGAAGCAGGUGAGGAUGAUGAUGAUGAUGAGAUAGAUUGGGAGGAUAAGCUCCAUUUUCCGCCUGAGGUGAAAGAAAUAGAUAUCUCAAAGCAUAUAAGAGACUUGGUGCAUUUAGAGAUCACCAUCAACGCGAUAUGUGAUUCAGCGUGUAAAGGAAUGUGCUUGAAGUGCGGUGCUAAUCUGAAUAAGAGGAAGUGUGAUUGUGGGAGUGAAGAGAAAGAUAAAGGAUAUGGACCUCUCGGAAACCUGAGAAAGCAGAUGCAACAGAAAGAGGGUUUGAGGAACUAA